UGUCCGCUCUGUACUGCUCUCCUCCACCACCUUCACCUUGACGGCCCUCUGCUCAUCCAGCGUCUUCAAUGGCUUGACAGUGCCCAAGGGCCGCCUCUCCGCUAGCUAGCAUUCUCUUCACCGCUUGCUUCGAUGGGCAACGCUCCUUCCUCGUCAUCUCGCGUGCCCCUCGGCGGCUCCCUCCUUGAGGAGCUGCAUGAUAUCCAGUACGAGAAGUCAAUCGGAGCCUCUCGCUUCCUCAAGGCCAUCCGCGCUCGUCAUGCACACGGCAAAAUCGUCGUCAAGACCUUCGUAAAGCCAGAUGCAUCUUUGACUCUGCGUCACUUGGUUCGCAGGCUGCGCAAAGAGAGGGAGACGUUGGCGGAUGUGCCCAAUGUCCUCACGUACCAGCAGGUCGUGGAGACGGAUCGAGCUGGGUACUUGAUCAGGCAGUGGCUGUCAAGCAGCCUCUACGACCGAAUCAGUACUCGUCCAUUCCUCACCACCAUCGAGAAGAAAUGGGUCACUUACCAACUCCUCUUCGCCAUGAAGGCGUGCCGGGAGCAUCAGAUUCCCCAUGGCGACCUCAAAACGGAGAACGUAAUCGUCACCACGUCACUCUCCGUCUUUGUGACCGACUUUGCUGCCUCAUUCAAGCCCACCUUCCUGCCCUUGGACGAUCCGGCGGACUUCUCCUUCUUCUUCGAUACCUCUGGCCGCCGAACUUGCUACAUCGCGCCAGAGCGCUUUUAUACGGCUGAUUCCGACAUCGCGAGACAAAAAGCAAGCAUGAGAGGUGGCGGUUCGAGCGCAGUAGGCAAUACCUCGAUCACCACAUCGAGCGAUCCGUUCAGCGAGAUCCUCGGCUUGGGGAAGAGGGACGGCAAGGUGACAGAGGCCAUGGACGUCUUUGCGCUAGGCUGCGUCAUCGCUGAGCUUUGGCGGGAUGGCACGCCUACUUUCAGUCUCUCUCAGCUCUUCAAGUACCGAGAGAAGCAAUUCGACCUCGAAGCGGCAGUGGCCGAGAUUGCAGAGCCCUCAGUACGGGCGAUGGUGCUCGAGAUGACGGCGCUUCAGCCGGAGAAGAGAGCGACCUUCGCGCAUCACUUUGAACAGGCCAAUCAGAGAUGCUUCCCGAGAUCGUUCUCGGCCUUCUUGCAUCCCUACCUCGUCGAUCUGCAACGCUUCAUGCCGCCGAGCAAAGCUACGAGGCAGGCACAACGUGAUGCAGCGGCGGCCCUCCCGAGAGCAUCUGUACCGUUCGCAACGACGAGCGGGCGGUCGACCACAUCGGCAGAUCACGACGUCCAAUCAGCCAUACUUGACGAAGACCUGGUCGUUCGCAGGCAGGCUGAUGUGCACAUCGAUCGACUAUGGUCAGAAUGGUCCGUCAUCAUCGACUACCUCAACGAGGAGGAAGGGGUAGUGCAAGAAGAGCGCAGUCAGCUAGGCGGUGACGAGGAUGGCUUCACACACGGCGAGCGAGAGGCGGCUGAGCAUUCCCUGCCCGCCCAGCUGGGAAUUCCUGGCAUCCCGAGCUCGAUCCUCUCAACGUACCGCCGGCACCCCCUCGAAGACGACGGCCCCGCGCUAGUCAUUCUCUCUCCCCUCCUCGCCAACCUUCGCAACGCACUCCGCGCUACCUCAAAGCUACGCGCCCUCGACCUUCUCCUGCACCUCUCCGCCGGCUGGCUGACUGACGAAGCCAAGUUGGACCGCGUACUUCCCUACGUGGUCGCCCUCUACGAUGACAGCAACGCAAAUGUGCGCGCUGCCUCCAUCAGGGCAAGCGUGCAGAUCCUCCUGCUCGUGGACGGCUUAACCCCGGCAAAUGAGAACGUCUGCUCAGAGUACGUCUUCCCCAAUCUGCGGCGCCUCGCCUCCGAUCCAUCGCCGAUGGUGCGGACAGCGUACGCUGGCGCCUUCUCACACCUUAUCACGGCAGCGGAGCGCUUCAUCCAGCAAGGGCAAGCCUUGCAAGCCUCAGGAGCCCUCGCGGCGGAUCAAGACGGCUACGAUGACCUGCUGCUGAAGCCGACAAGCCAGGAGGCAAGCUAUGAUGCUCAAAUGCAGGAUCUACGCGCUUUUGCGCAGGAUCAGGUCACGACACUCCUUACGGACCCCAACGCUGCGGUGAAGCGCGCCCUGCUCACUCGCAUCGACCCCAUCUGCCACCUCUUCGGGCCUGCUGCGACGAAUGACGUGCUGCUCAGCCAUAUGAUCACAUACCUGAACGAUCGGGACUGGCUGCUGCGCGAUGCUUUUUUUGAUGCGAUUAUCAGCGUUGCCCUCGUCGGUGGGGCGAGGAGUGUGGAUGAGUACAUCGUGCCACUUAUGCUGCAGGCUCUGGCAGAUGCAGAAGAGGCGGUCACAGUGCGCGUGUUGGACGGGCUGGCGAGAUUGAUCACCUCGUCUCCCAGCUUGCUGGCCAAGACAAGACUCUACGAGCUCAUCGCAAUGACGCAGGGAUUCCUCUGUCAUGCCAACCUCUGGAUAAGGCAGAGCGAGGCACGCUUCCUCGAGGCGGCCUUUGCAACCCUAGACACGACGGAUACCUGGAUCGUGGCUUACCCGUCGCUCCGGCCACUGCUCAAGCACGACAUGCAGACAAUUACAGCAGCCUCGCUCCUGGAGACAGCCAAGCCGCCAUUGAGCCGCAACAUUCUCAAUGCCGCGCUAGUAUGGGCUGGGUCGGCGAACAAGACGAGCUUCUGGACCGCAGCUGCGGAGAGCCAGUCCAAGGCCGGUCUAGCAGACGGGUUAGGCAAUGAAGGACUGCACCUCAUCUCCGGCACUUCAGUGGCGAAGACGCCUAUCCCUCGUACAGACGAGGAUGACGGGUACAUGGAUAAGCUGCGCGCUCAAGGUCUGACCGUGCAGGAUGAGACAAAGCUGUUUGCGCUUCGGGACUAUCUUUGGCGACUUGCGAGUGGGGCAGGACGAAGACGCAUGGGUAACAGCGAGUCAAGCAGCGAUCUGCUUGGCGCCUUACCUAGUGAUAGGGCGCCUGGCGUCCAGACAUUAGAAGGCGUCACGCCGCAGACCAUCUUCUUCACUCACAAUAGUAGCAACAACGCUACUGGCGCCACGAGCAGCAGCGCUGGUACGGUUAGCUCAUCACGAGCGCCAUCCAUCGCCGAGAACUCCGACCCAUCCAGUCGCCGCCUACGCCCACCAUUUGGCAGUCAUCGCGUCCUCAGCGACGGGUCGUAUAGCCAACCAGGCCGUGAAGAGCUUCGUCGGCGCAUGGCAUCCACCUCGUCAGCAUGGGGCUCUCUAACACCGCGCCUGCCUCAAGGCUCUGCGCUUGCGUCGACACGCGCUGCCUCCUCUGUUUCAAGCCCACGCUCCGUCUCCUCUCAAACAACACGGCUCGGUAUCAGCAAAGCAAGUCCCGCGGUCGCGGAGAUAUCGACUACAGCAACGGGCACGAUGAGUGAGCUCUCCUCCAGGCUGCAGUCGGUGCAGGUUGGUGACAGCAGCGAGGGCAGGGGCAGCGAGACAGGGGGUAACGACGGACGCGGAGAUGUCGGCUCCGACGCACGCACCGCUCGCCCGAGUGACGCCCCCUUUGUUUCGACGUACAAUGGCUCAGACCCGCACAUCCAAGCGCAUCUGGAGGCGGUCUUCGUGCGCAACUUUCGCGAUCGAGCCUUGGAUCUGGCGCCCAAGGUGUCAACAUCGCGCAGACGUCCAGCAGGCGGGCGCGUCGCCUCUUCACAACUAUCUUCUACGAGCUCUACUGCAGCCUCUGGCAGCGCUGGCAUGUCGCGUCGUCCCGAGGGCAAGCUGAUUGCCUACUUCAACGAGGAUACCUCCCCAAUUACCUCCAUUGCCGUCUCAAGCGACCACAUCUUCUUCGCGAGCGGAUCCGAGGACGGCACAAUCAAGGUGUGGGACUGCGCCAGGCUCGAGAAGAAUGUCACCUCACGCUCGCGUAUCACGUACGGCGCGCACCAAGGCCGCAUUACGGCUCUGCUUGCGCUGACGGGCACGCAUUGCCUUGUCAGUACGGCGACUGAUGGGAGUUUGCAUGUCUGGCGGGUAGAUGUGGCUGCAGGCAGCCUGCCCAGGUAUGGCAAGCCGCGUCUGGUCAGCAACUUUCAAUUGAGCACGCCCGGGGAGUACGUGACCGCGGUCAUGCAAAGUAGCGCGAGCGCAAGCGGCAACAAUGGCGGUGGAGAUGGCUCAGCAUCCACUUCUCCAUCGACGGCACCAAUGGCUACCCGCCUCAUACUUGGCACCUCUCAAUCCCGCAUUACGAUACUCGACCUUCGCACAAUGCAAGUACUACAAGCGCUUCGCAAUCCUGCGCACCUAGGUCCCAUCACAUGCAUGUGCGCCGACAAGCGGCGCCUUUGGUUGCUCGUGGGAACACUUGGAGGAAGUGUGGUGCUGUGGGACCUUCGCUUUGGGUUGUUGGUGAAGAGCUGGCGAGUCGGCCCUGCGGCAGGGGCAGCAGGGGACGUGAAGGUGACAGGUUGCGAGGUGCAUCCAAGUAAGGGAAGGGGGAGAUGGGUAUUGGUGAGCUGCGAAGCCAAAGUAGCUGCCAGCAGCUCGUCUUCCGAGGCACAGGCGCACACGCUCAUCGAGACGUGGGAUAUCGAUAGGGGUGUGCUCGUCGAGGCGUACGAGUGUGGGCCUGGAGGGAAGCCAUCUGAGCGGCGAGCGGCCGAGACGGCUGGCAGUGAUGUGGGCCUAUCGAGCCCCGCAGCGGCCAUCGAGCGGCUCCUCCGGCUUCGAGACGAGCGGGAGGAGGCCAAAGACGGCGGCAAGGCGGGCGCAGCUCUCCCUCAGCCAAGCUCAAACGUCAAGUCCUUCCUCGUCGGCGUUGAGGGGUACAGCUCAGGCCCUCUCGCGAACGUUGACACCAGCAGCAGUGGGCGUAGCAAGGGCGGUUCAGAGCGAGAAGGCGAAGACGUCGGAGGGAGCUGGCUGGACGCGGGCAAGCUGGCAGCAGAGGCUGAUGAGUCAGGGCAGAGAAGCGCGGCAAGCUCUGCUGCUACCACUGGGCCAGCAGGCUAUCUCCUCUCUGGCGGGGAAGACUGCAAGAUCCGCUUCUGGGAUCUGGGUCGACCGGAGCGCAGUGUCGUCUUCGGCGCUGUCGAGGACGGAAUUGAGACCAGCGCAGGCAAGCCGUCUUCUUCCAGCCCUGCCUUCCAGCUCUCCACCUCGAGCGCGGGCCCGAUGAUCUUCCACCACCGUACAGACGUUCAAAAGGCAGCAUCUGCAGCAUCGGCAGGCAGCACGCUCCGUUCACCUCUCCUGUCGCAGCAGCAGACGCAGCCUGCUCAAGCUCACAUGCGAGCGCACAGGGAUGCUAUCACAGCUCUGGCGGUCAUUGAGUUCCCUUUCAGAUGCGUUGUCGCGGGGGACAGGACGGGUGCGGUCAAAGUGUGGGAGUAGUAGUGGAGGCGUGCGAAACGAUUGCAAUGACAGAAGGGAUACCCCGCGCCAAGGAGAGAGAUUGCCCGCCGGUGUCGUGAUGAAGGACGAAGCGCACC